GGAGUGGGAUUGUCCUUACAUAAUGACAGGAGGGGAGGGGCCUGGCUGUAAGGAGAUCAGUGUGGAUUGUGUGUAGGGAACCGGACGGGCAGCACAUAGAGCCGGAGCCAUGACUAUAGAGCUGCUGCUGUCCCUGGGGGUCAUCCUGGGGCUCUAUGUGCUCAUCUACUACAACUUCAUCAGGGGCCGGCAGUGCAGGAGUGACAGCAGCCUGAAGGGGAAGACCGUCAUAGUGACAGGAGGAAAUGUUGGAAUUGGCAAAAUGACAGCGCUGGACAUGGCCAAGCGAGGAGCUCGGGUCAUUUUGGCUUGUCGUGUGAAAGAAACCGCAGAAGCUGCUGCAUAUGACAUACGUAAAUUAUCUGGUAACAACCAAGUGCUGUUCAUGAAGCUCGAUCUGGCCUCCAUUGCAUCGAUCAAAUCAUUCUGCAAAACUUUUCUGAGCAGUGAACCUCGUCUGGACAUCCUUAUAAACAAUGCAGGCAUUGAGGCUAAAGGCAAGACUGAAGACGGCUUCAACUUGGUCUUUGGCGUCAAUCACUUAGGUCAUUUUCUCUUGACACACUUACUUUUGGAUCGCCUCAAGCAGUGCAGCCCCAGCCGUAUUGUGGUUCUUGCCUCCAGGGCUUAUAGAAGGGGAAGAAUUGACUUCAAGAAUCUAAAUCCACCAGGGGAAACAUGGAAGGAAAUUCUCCAGGCGUAUUGUGACAGUAAACUCGCCAAUGUUCUGUACGUUCGUGAGCUGGCCAACAAAUUACAAGGCACUGAUGUGACUUGUUAUGCCGUUCACCCAGGUGUGGUGCUCACAAAUUUAGCACGCAACUUUCCGUACUGGCUUCAGGUACUCAUAUUCCCUUUUGCCUGGUUGCUCCUCAAGACACCGGAGGAUGGAGCUCAGACUUCUAUUUACUGUGCCGUCCAGGAAGGGAUUGAGAUGUACAGUGGACGCUACUUUUCUGAUUGUCAGGUUCAGCAGGUCUUACCCCUUGGUCGGGAUGAUGCCGUGGCCAAGAAACUGUGGGAAGUUAGUGAAGAUCUCCUUGAAUUGAGCAACUAAAUGCUCCGAAACCUCCAUUUAUCUCAUGGAUACGACAAUCUUCUUCUGAAUCUUUGAACUAAACCUACAAUUGUAUGUGAAAUUUAGAUACCUCCCUUACUGACCAAAAAUCUAUGCAACUGAGAAAAGAGGAAGAAUGAAGAGGAAAUUGUACCAAAAUAUUUACUGCUAGUACAUUAUUUCCUAAUUUUAGCCCCUUUAGGGAUCACUCCUAUGUGGUUUUUUAUCAUGCGGGAGAUCAAUGCACAAGCAGAGUCCACUCCAGAGGAGUCAGGUGUCUAUCUUAAAGCUGACAUGUACCAGCACCUUUACCCCUCUGGGAUCAAUAGUAGAUCAUGUUAAGUCUCCUUUCAAUGCAAUCACGGGUGCCGGUCUGUUGCUAUGGCCGCUGGAGACCUUCUGAAAGCCUUCAUGUCGGCUAUAGGAAGAUCUUCUUCUACAGGCAUUUCCAGACUGUAGAAGUAGAGCGCAGAACCAAGUGAUCAGCGCUAUGCUAUGAUCCUGCAGUCAAAUCUAUACCACAUGCAGAUCAGUGCAAGGAAUCAAACCCCCCUACCCCAAAAUUAUUUUAUAUAGUGAUCCCUCAACUUACAAUGGCCUCAACAUACAAUAGUUUCAACAUACAAUGGUCUUUUUUGGACCAUUGUAACUUGAAACCAGACUCAACAUACAAUGCUAUGGAAUCUGCAAAACAUGUCAAUGGCUGGAAGAACCGACCAAUCAGAAUGGGCAUUCACUGGUAAAACCCCUGUAUUACUGAAGUGCAUGCACUGACUGGGGUCUGAUAGCGCCCCCUACAGUACAGGCAGGUACUACAUGUUCUGUACUACUUUUAACCCAUGCCAUGGUUAGCUGCUCCUUUUGGACACCAAGUAAGGGAGGCUCCAUGUUACUUUUUUUUAGGACAUUGCCUGUACUGUACAGGAUCCUGAAGAAGCUCCUGUCCUCUACAUAGACCAGUGUUUCCCAACGAGGGCACCUCUAGCUGUUGCAAAACUACAACUCCCAGCAUGCCCGGACAGCCUUCGGCUGUCCGGGCAUGCUGGGAGAUGUAGUUUUGCAACAGCUGGGGGCACCCUGGUUGGAAAAUACAUAAAUAGACAGUGAUUACAGCUCCCAGCAAAUCUUUCUUACUUUCUUAUGUAAGAAUUAGCUUUAUGUAUAUUAGUUAUCUACUUAUUUCUCUUUAAUCCUCACUUUUUCCUAUUUUUCGAUGACCUUUCGGGGCUUCAGAACCAAUUACCAGGUUUCCAUAGAGUUAUGGUCUCAACAUACAAUGGUCUAAACAUACAAUGGUCAUCUUGGAACCAAUUAAUAUUGUAACUUGAGGGACCACUGUAUAAUUUUUUUUUUUUUUUUAGGGAAACGUAAGAGUGGGUAGUAAAGAUGAAAAUGCAAACAUUUAAAUCUUUUUGGUCACUAAGGGGUUACAUGUGUUAUCCAGACAUAUAAAAUGUAUGGCUUAUCCUCAGCGGUCACCUGUAGGGGGCGUAUCACUCUAGUGAGCACUGCAGCUUCAUCCUUGCAUUGCCAUACUAUUAGUAGCAAAAAUGUCAGGAUACUGCAGUGUUUUUUUUAUUUAAUUGGACAGGGAAACUCAUCACUGCUAUA